AUGGCUGACAAAAUCGACGAUCUUGCAACCCUCAAUGCCUCGAAGGAGACCUGGACCAUUGUUGUGAAAGUGAUUCGUUUAUGGCUGAGCCCAAGCUUAUAUGGUUUCAAGAUCCCAUUUUCCAUGGAUAUGGUUCUUAUGGAUGAUAUGGUAGUAAGAUCCAUGGUUAGAAAGACUCUCAUUUACCGAUUCCAGUCUUUGCUGACCGAAGGUCGAGUGUACCAAAUUGCCUUCUUUGGUGUUGGUGAAAGCGGCUAUGAUUUCCGCCAAACCUCACAUCAAUUCAAGAUUAAUUUUGAUAUACAUACUUUUGUUCGCGUGCUUUCAAACAAGGCUAUUAACCGUAGCCCUUACUCUUUCAUGCCACUAUGUGACAUAAUGUUUAAGGACUCUGAUUCCUCAUUCCAUAUUGGUGUUAUUGAUAUUUUGACUGGGGUAAGUGGUGAACAAAAGUUUGAGAAAGAUGGUUCUAGACACAAAAGUAUAACUAUUGAACUUGACCAAGAAGGGUCCCCAUUCCUUGCUUAA